AUGGCGGAGCAGACUUCUCGUCCCGAACGCGUCCCUCACCGACGCCGGCCAGCCGCCAGGCCACCUCGCAGUGCCAACGACAUCUACGUGAACACAAAGACCGACUUCCGUGCCCAGCUGGCUCGAUGCCGCCGUCUGCUGGGCGCCGGGGGACAGAAGGAGGUGAGGGUUCACGGACUGGGCCUCGCCAUCGGCCGGGCCAUUAACCUAGCGCUCCAACUUCAGCUGUCAGCCCCUGAGGCCCUCCUGAUCUCCACCAGUACAUCCACAGUGGAGCUCACCGAUGACUUGGAGCCUGAGGGAGGAGAAGAUGCAGAGCCGGGAACCCGGAGCAGGAACAACUCCGCCAUCCACAUCCGUGUGUACAGAGCAGAGGAGGAGUGA